AUGGGAUCUCGACCCCCGGCCUUCGACGACGCUGUGAGUAGCUGGAUGCCGGUGGUAAAGAAAAACGGAGACAUCCGGCUGUGUGGAGACUUGAAGCUGACGGUCAAUCCAGCGACAAGAACAGAACAGUACCCGCUUCCGAAAAUCGAAGACAUCUUUGCAACGGUAGUGGGGGGCGAGGUGUUUAGCACGCUCGACUUACGAAACGCAUACAACCAACUUCCCCUGGAUGAUGAUGCCAAAAAGAUAGCGGUGCUGAAUACGCACAAGGGCCUCUUCUGCUACAACCGCUUGGCUUUUGGUAUCGCCUCGGCGCCUGCGCUGUUUCAGCAGUGCAUAGAAGCGGUACUACAGGGGCUACCCGGGGUGAAAGUUUACCUGGACGACAUUAUUGUAGCGGAAAAAGCGCAGAAUACCACGCUACUACGCCAAGUGUUGGAACGACUGCGGGCGAAUGGCCUCACGCUGAACAAAGAGAAGUGUCGUUUCCGGGAAAAAGAAGUGGUAUUUCUUGGGCACCGAAUCGACGCAAGAGGCCUUCACCCCCUGCAGGACAACUUGGCAGCCGUGCUGGCGGCGCCGCCACCGACCUCGAAUGUGUCUGAUCACACCGGCAAAGACUGCACACUUCAGCAAGUAAAGACUUGGAUCCUGCAAGGCUGGCCCAAGCGCCUGGGGGCAGACGAACAACAGUAUCAACCAUAUUUUGCACGGAGGACCACGCCGACCCAAGAAGAGCAGUCGCCCGCAGAAAGACUUCUGGGAUUCCAGCCACGGACCCGCCUAAGCAACUUCUUUGCAAAGGAGAAAGGGGCGAAGGAGGCUACCGUCAACGGAGUUCCAAGCCCAGAAAAAAAAGAGUAUGCACCAGGAAUGCAGGUUUGGAGUGGACAAUAUGGUCAGCCAGGUCAAAGGUGGCUUCCAGGAACCGUGACAACAGUCGAAGGCAAACGAUUGUUAACUGUCAACACGCCAAGGGGGGUGCAGCGUAGGCACCUGGAUCAAGUACGAGCCCGCGCCUCAUCGACGCCGGUUAAGGAAGAACCCUUCGAGACACCCGUGACCACGGAGCACUCAUCUCCGGAAGGGCCCCUCUCUUCCGCCGGCGACCAGACAACUAGCAGCGACGCCCUGCAAGCCGGUCAGUCCGUGCCGGGCGAGCCAGCGUCUGGAGGUGGCAUCGAGCCGGCAGUUUCAGGGCCAACAGAACCAAUCCAACUCAGACGCUCCACCCGUGCCCGCAAGCCCCCGGAUAGGUUCUAGCUCAGGGGGGAGGAAGUGAUAUAUCGUUGAUCCUCAGAUGUAGAUGCGAGAAGCAUGCCGACCACACGUGCCUUCACCCCUCGUCACGGCGCAUGCUCCGGCCCUCUGGCCAGGGUAUAAAAGCAGCCUCUUGAAUAAACAUUCAGUCUUGUUCCUGC